AUCCGAAUUUAUGGAAGGAAGAAAGAAAGGUUAGACAGCUGUCGACACCAGCUUUCCGAGCAAGUUUUCCAGGAUAACUGCCUUGAAUGUCUCAGGCGUGCCAGUAGUUAUUUAAUAACUAACUUACUUGUAAGCGCUAACUAUCGUUGGCAUCAAAAUGCGUGCGCAGCCAGACUACGUACUCCACGUCAAACCUCCAACUAAACGCCCAUUCACAGGCCUGACAACGUCACUCCGGGCGGCUACGGAAACAAUGGUUACAGAGUGACUGUCCAUGUCCCUAUGUUAUUUAUAGAAUUGAUAGUAUUCCGCUAUUAUUUUAAAACUAUGUCGCAGGGCUCUUAUUCUUUGACCGUUAGGUCCCGCCCUUUCUUUGCACAUAAAGAGCUAUUUCAGCAGCAAUUUUUGCGUAGCAAGAGAUUCUUUGUCAAAAUUCUGCCUGGCGCAGCCUUAUUUGGCAAUCCAUUUCCCCUUCCUUGCCUUGCCAGAAGACGUGGGCUGAGCUGCAGGGCCUGCCUUGCGACUUUUGCUAGUAUUUCGAGACACCAACACCAAGCAAGACUAUACACAUAACCCGAAGAUAGGGAUGGCAACUUCGAAUCACUCUAUUCAAGCACGGCUCGAACAAUUAGCACCAAAAGUUGUCGUUGCGUUGAACAAGACAUGCCCCGUACUCGCACGGGAGUAUAUAUCGUUCGCCUGUGAAGGCGACGAGAAGAUAGCCGAGAAUCUUCUAAAGCAGAAACGCCAGGAAGCGUUUGCAUCCAAGUCACAUAUUUUUCGUCGGCAACCCAGCAAGCGUGCGUUUAGUAACGAGGAAAUCUACUCCGUCAUAGAGCAGGUGGUUCGAACCGAUGGCUCCCUUGGGGUCCUCGAUUACCUACUGGCCAAAAGCAAUGAUGCGAAACUCGAGAAACACCUCUUCAAACAGCAACAUCAUGCGACGAAGAGAGAUAUUGGCUCCCUUCUGAUAUGGGCGGCGCGAAUGCAACAAUCGUCUAUGGUGUAUCUUUUGAGUUUACAUUCUGACGAGACUGGAUUAAACGAAGCUCUGGAAAUUGUAGUGUCGGGACGGCACCUAGAGUGCACCAAGACCCUACUUCAAAAUGGCGGAGACCCAAAUUUCUGCCAGCAGGCAUUCCUAGCAGCAGUAACACGUGGAGAUACACAGCUGGUCGAGUUACUCCUAAGUGCUCAAAAACGAAUGGCUGCAUCAUGCCUUGAUCAGGCUCUACCUAGCGCUGUUGCUACUGGAACCCUCGACCUGGUUGCUCCAUUGCUGAAAAGCGGAGCCGAUGGUAAUGUUCCUGGGGCUCUGGAAAGUGCAGUUCGCGCAGGGAACGUCAAUAUUGUUGCUGCAUUGAUCUUAGCAGAUCAUCCGCCUUCGAAGACGUCUCUUGAUGGUGCUGUCGAACUCACCCUUAACGAGAUUGCGUCCGGUUCAGAUCUCCAAAGAACGCUCCUCGAGAUACUUCUCUGCGGCGGCGCGAAUACAGAAGUGGUCUCAAGGAGACUCGUCAAAGCCGUUGAGCGGAAUGACGAGCAAAUCGUCUCCUUGUUUGUCAGGUAUGGUGCGUCUGUGACGUAUAACUCGGCCGACGCGAUCAUUCGUGCAAUUCAAAUGGGAAAUACAAACUUGCUGGGGAGUUUAUUUAGCGCUCGCAUCGAUGGACAACAUGCCUCGCAUAUUUUGACUAUAUUCCCUAAAAUUGCGUCGAAUAUACCAGCCUCGAAACAAUUAGCAAUCAUUUCCGCAUUAGUGGAGCGGGGUGCCAGUGGAUAUGCGCUUCAUCCAUGUUUGGUAAAUGCAGUUCAGCGGAAUCAGUACGAUAUUGUCGAAUAUCUUGUGAGCAAACAUGCAUCCGUCGAUUAUGAUAAUGCAGAAGCACUUUGUUGUGUGGUUGCUUCUGUCUCUCUCCCAUUAUUCGAACUACUUCUCAAGGGCUGCCCUUCAAAAGAGUCCUUGGAGCAGUGCUUUCCUUUAUUGGAAGCUGUCCCUUCUAAACCUCGCCUGGUCAUGGCAGGACGCCUAUUGGCAGCUGGUGCAAAGGGUGUGGAGGUGGAGAAUGCCUUGGUUAAAGCGGUGAUGUCUGAUUUUACGAUGGAAAAGGAGCCCCUUAUUUACGAGUUUGUGCGGCAUGGAAUCGAUGUCAAUGUUAAAGGAGGAAAAUGUUUCCGUGAAGCUGCUGGGGCAGGUGAUGUCGGUGCUUUAAAGAUACUCUUGAAAGGGGCUCCUUCACCUGCGUCCCUCGCUCAGGGAAUUAUCCCUGCCCUUAACUUGCCAAAUUCCGAUCUCCGAUUCACUGUACUGGACCUGCUUGUUUCCUCCGGCGCACGUGGUCCUCCUGUCGAUGAAGGCCUCCUAUAUGUGAUCAAUGAAAAACGGGUGGAUAUACCUUUGCUGCAGCUGCUUCUUGAUAAAGGAAUUGCUGACGUGAAUUCCAACAACGGGAAGCCGAUCGAACUGGCAACCAAACAAGGAAAUUCCGAUCUUCUUCGAAUGCUCCUGACAUACAAUCCAUCCUAUACGAGCUUAAAUAUUGCCUUUCCCAUAGCGCUUAGUCUACAGGACUGCGCGUUGCAGUACAAUAUGUGCCACAGACUCCUUGCGGCAGGUAUCAAAGGCGAGACGCUUGACUCUGGCCUCGUAACUGCACAAAAACAGUCCUGGAGCCACCCAUCGCUCGUGGAGUUGUUGCUAAAAUAUGGGGCUAACGUGAACUUCAACAACGGCGCCGUGGUCCGAAAAGCGAUCAAAAAUUCCGACGAAAAACAAUUAGAGAUUCUUGUUUCUCACGCACCAUCAACCGACACAUUGAGUAUAGCUCUAGAUACGGUACUGAAAAUGGAUACGAGUGCCACACAUCACAUGGCAAAAAUUCUACUAGAGGCGGGUUGCGGUCGAAUGCCAAAAAUUAUAAACAAGUUUUUGGCUGAGGCAGUGAGAUUGAAAUCUGAUGCGUCCUUUGUGAAAUUGAUUUUGGAAUUUGGUGCCUCUGUUAAUGAUGAACAUGGACAGGCCAUUUGCUCAUCCAUUGAGACCCGCUCUUUUGACAUCAUGACCCUCCUUCUUUCACAAGAUGCCACCAUGGAGGUAUUAGAAACGGCUUUUCGCUCCAGCUGGGCGCUUCAGGGGGCUGAACGAUAUCAAUAUGUUUCCAAGAUUCUCCAGGCAGGCUAUGACGGACCACAGAUCCAUGGAGCUCUCACGGAAGCAGUACAAGAACGUCCCGCUGAAGCUGAGACUUUAAAACUCUUACUCAAGCACGGGGCCUCUGUUCAUCACUCUAGCAACCUCCCGCUCCUCCAUGCAGCUACGUCGAUGGAUGCGGCUACGCUAAAACUAUUACUGGAGGGCGUCUCCGACCGGAGUGCUAUCAAUGACGUCUUUUCACAAAUGGUUUCAGCGGGCAAUACUUGGCUGUCCGCGCCUGGUCUACUGGUAAUCCAACAAUUUCUAGAAAAUGGGGCCGCUGGUGAAGCGAUUGAUUCCGCCCUUGCCGUCUCUGUCGAAAACUUUGGGGUUAUCCCAGAAGCUACGGAUGUUGUGGACCUCUUGCUUCGAUUCGGGGCGAACGCUGACUAUGACGACGGUCGAGCUCUCAAACUAGCGAUUGGAAAGUGUAGCUCGGUGCUUGUACGAAUGCUUUUGGGCUCUAUUGAAUCAACAGCAAACCUACCUGCAGCAUUCUCUACUAUCCUUUCAUCAAAUUUGCCUGAAGAUACUACCCUUGAGUUGAUCGAAAUGUUCACUCAAAUUCCCGGAGGCAUUCCAGAUUUAAAUCGCUAUAUGUAUGAUGCUGAUGGGACACAACAGGAACCAGUCACAUUUGCAGCGUUAAGAAAGUGGCCGCGUGGGACCAAGAUUCUUGAAGCUUUGCUGAAAGCUGAUAUUCUUGUUGAUCAAACCAUCCCGUAUGUCAUCGAGUCCAAAGAAGGAUACGAGCAGGUGUCUCUUCUUCUAUGGGCUCUUCUUCAGCCGCAACAGAAAAUCAGUCCUUAUGUUAUUGAUUGCCUAUUGAGGAAUGGAGCAAACCCGAACUUCCAAUCAACUGGUUCUCAUCAGACCCCCCUAUUGAUCGCAACGAUGGAGAGAACACCGGACAUGGUGCACACACUCAUCCAACACGGUGCUGAUGUUUCUAUAUGCGACACGUCUGGCCGCACUCCACUCUUUUACGCCAGCAAACGCGGCCAAGUAGCAGCCAUGCACCACUUGUUAAACGCCAAUGCUGGUGUUGAUGAUGGAAGCAUACAUGAAGCUUCGCGUGAAUUGCACUCUGAAGCCGUCAAGUUGCUCAUUGAGUAUGGCCAUGAUCCUAACUUCCCUUCGAUGGCUCAUGAUGGUCGGAGUGCGUUGGCAGAGCUCUGCCUCAACGCGUCAGCAGAUUCAGCGACAGCAUUUGGCAAACUCAGACAGACGAUUGAUAUUCUCGUGGCUGGAAAAGCUGAACUUAUCUCUGAUAGAGGUCACAAGCCGCUAUUAAUGCAUGCCCUGGACAACCCAACCGGCUGCACGAAUGUUACAAAGGCACUCCUAGCUAGUGGGCUCUGGAGACGUAUUAACGAUGAGAAGAAUUUUUAUUCUCAGGACGGCUUCAUAUUUUCCCCUACAAUGUAUAUUUCCAAAGGUCUUCAAAGGAGUUCCAAAGAAUAUGUACCAGACCUCUUACAUAUCCUUAAGGCCAACGGAUGCAAGGACGUUUUCUACAGACAGGACGGCCCUCAACCGCCAGACAUGGUCGGAGCCCCACAGGACAUCCUCGAGGAGGACAGGAGACGAAAAGCACGAGAGCGCCGCCUGCAGGAGCAAGACGAGGAGCACCAACUAGCGCUGAAGCGCGAAAUGGAAGCCGCGGAGCAGCAAAGCCUCGUCAUGAUAAAAACACAUAGCCUUCGGAUCCAGCAAGACCGCAAAGUAGCAGAAAACCGCGACGCAGCCACAGCCAACUCUGCAGCGCUACAACUACGCCUAGAAGCCACCGCAGCUGCACAGCGCCAACGGAUAGCGGACCAGCAGCGAAAUUCAGAUCUCCAGCAACAGCGCACCCUCAACCAGGUUCGGCUCGAGGCCACGAAGGAGGAAGGUAGGCUACAGAUCGAGUACCAAAAGGCAUCCGCGGCAAUCCAACAGGGUGUGUUUGACGGGCGGGUGCAAGCUGAAUCCCGCAGGCUGAAGGAGCUGGAGGCUGCGAAUGAGCGACAGUAUAAGCGCGAUACUGACCUGUUGUCACGCCAGGAGCGUGCUAUGGCUAGUCGGAAAGCCAUUAUGGCGGAUUCGAAGGGCUUCACAUUGCCCGCUGUUAAUGAGCCACAGCGGAGGAUAGGGCAGGGUGAUUUAAGUCCCGAUUAAGUGGAGUGUCGUUUAAAUACCUUGUUUUGGAUUUAUUCCGUUUUCCCAUUUUUCAUAUUCUUGAGUUUUGGUUCAAUUACCACAUGUUUGGAAUGUUAGAAGACGGCUUUGCAUUUGAUUGUGACGAUACUCCGUUCCUCACCUGAUAUAUGUAUGCAUCCCCAAUCUAGGUCUAUCCAGGAUGAUGACCCCCUCACCCUGCUUUUCAUGAUAAUAAUAUCUUCAGACCAUUACUCUAUACAAGAUUAAACCUGGAAACGUGAAGACAGAGAUGAUCUAAACAGUGUAAACAAUCCCAAGGAAAAUAGGAUAUAAGCAGAAGAAAACUGGAGAGAAACUGGGAAAGAAGUUUUAGCACACGUAUUCGAUAGGCGCUGUGAUACUCUGGACAAAAAAAAUCUCAAACAAAAAGAAGAAAAAGAAAAAGAAAAAGAAAGAAAGGGAAAGCAAAGGGGAAUUCUAAGAGUAAGCGAUACAAACCAAAAGAUAUCUAUAUGGAUAGGGGCAUGAAGGGGAAACCAAAACCCAUCAGAUAAAAACAAAGGAUAUAUUGUAGAAUAAUGAAACAGCGGUACGGUAAACUAGAAUGAAGCGUUCCCAGAAAUAAAAUGGUACAUGCCUGGAGAGGCGUGGGUUAUACCUCGCGCUCAAUCAUAUGGGUCCGCGCUGGGCCAGUCCCAAUCCACUUAAUAGGUACACCGCCCAUCUCCUGCUCAAUGAACUGGACAUAACGCCGCGCAUUCACCGGCAGGUCCUCCCACCUAGUAACACCCAUGGUAUUCGACUUCCACCCAGGGAAAGUCACAUAUUCCACCUCAACCUUAUCCAGCACCUCCAGCUGCGCAGGGAACGACUCCAACCGCCUCCCGUCCAGCUUAUACGCAACCGCAACCUUAAUCUCAUCGAAGUCAUCCAGAAUAUCCAGCUUGGUGAGGUUGAUGGUGGUGUAGUGGUUGAUGGCAUUGCUGUAGCGGCACAUGACCAUAUCGAGCCAGCCGCAGCGGCGUCGUCGGCCGGUUGUGACGCCAAAUUCGCGUCCGACGGAUUGCAGCUUUUCGCCGAUGUCGUUGAUCUGUUCGGUGGGGAAGGGGCCGGAGCCUACGCGGGUAGUGUACGCUUUUACAACGCCGACGAUGGAUUUUAUGGAGGUUGGGUUGAGGGUUAGGCCCUGGAUGGCGCCGCCUAGACCUGUGCAGGAGGAGGUUACGUAGGGAUAGGUGCCGUGAUCGAUGUCGAGCAUGAGGGCGUUUGCACCCUCGACUAGGACGGAUGGACAAGAGCGGUAUUUUUCCAGGAAGGCCAUCUGGUCGACGACGUAGGGUUGGAGUUUUGUGCGGUAUUCCUUUUCGUACGCGGUGUUCCCAUGUCAGUUAGUCCGUAAUUUGCAAAUUCCCAAGGCGUCUCUGCCUCAAAAUCAAGAACCAGGCGGGAUAUAUUGGACAUACGUUAAACCUCUUAACCUCAUCUUCAAGAUCAUACUGCAACUCUCCAAACCGCCUUCGAUAGCCCGCCUCCAGACUCCGCAAUUUAUCCUCCGCCACACCCUCUUCCAACACCUCCCCAAUCCGCACGCCUCUUCUAGAUGCCUUAUCGCUAUAGCAAGGCCCAAUACCCUUCCCCGUAGUCCCGACCUUCUUCCCUGCCAAAUCUGCCUCUUCCAACCCGUCGACAACGGAAUGCAGAUCAAAGCAGACAUGCGCCCGAUCACUGAUGAAUAUUCGCUUAUCAGCUUCCUUCAGUCCCUUCGCUUUUAGCGCAUCGAGUUCCUUGAAGAAACUGGGCACAUGCACCACGGUUCCGCUCCCGAUGAGGUUGACGCAGUCGGGCGAGAUGAGGCCGGAGGGAAGUAUGUGGAAGUCAUAGGUUAUGUUAUCAUGAACGAUUGUGUGGCCCGCAUCUGGAGGUUGAAUGAAGAGGGAAUUGGUGAGUCAUUUUUUGGAUUUUCUAUUUUUGCGGUAGAGAGGGAAGAGAGAGGAGAGAAUUUAAAACUUACUGUGUCCACCAGCUGCUCGACAACAAAGUGUGGCAGAUUGAGAAAGGAGAUCUGUGAUUUUUCCUUUGCCUGAGUUGUUUUGAGGAACAAGAUCCCUUAUGUUAGUUUCCAUUUAUUUGAUCACAAUUGCUUUGACAAUAAAGACAUGAUGAUGUGGGAAAAAAAAAAAAGAAAGAAAAAAGAAAAAGAAAGAAAAUUACUGCUUGGACUAACCCUCAUCACCAAACUGUGCACCUAGAACAAUAGUAACCAUCUUGUCUGUCU